AUGUGGGAUCCGAGUAAGGCGCCUCCGGCUUUCUUCCCGUCAAAACAAAGCCUUGAAUUUUACCCGACCCAAGCCUCUGAGCUGGAAUGUGACCCCAACGAGGUUCCAAUGCAAAUGCUCCGAAAAACGCCUAAUUAUGGCGAUUCGGGUGCCUGUAGGAUACGACUGAUUCAUCCUACCUGUUCUCCCAACUCCUCCAUCAAACCAGAUAUAUUCCGCUCUCUACCAGAGUUUCAUCCAAGCAAAGUUGUCCGUAUUUCUUUCAGGACGCUUUCUGAAGUUCUGCGCAUGCCACGAACGUCACAUAGCCAUCGGAAUCGAUCAAGUGCCAAAGGAUAUCAAUGCCAGACGGUGUGA